AUGGGAGGGAGCAGCAGCCUCAGUACCAGGCAGCGCUCUCCCCGGGUACGGACUGGGUAGAUAAAUAGAGGAGGCUGCUACAUGCUGCCGCCGCCGCCACCGUUCCUGCUGCUGCUCCUGCCUUUGUCGUACAGGGAGCUUUUUCAAGGCUACUCUUGAACCAGAAGGAUAUUCCUUUUUUCUUUUCUUUUUUUUGUUUUUGUUUUUUUUUACCUCUUUUUUUUUUUUUACGGAUUUCGAAUCGAGGAAUUAAGCAGUGACGGGCGAACCAAUGUACUCGUUACACGAGGGCAGCGGUGUGCUUCUGCUGCUGGUCUUGGCAGGACUGCAGAUUGCAGCAGAGGGCAGGGGUGCCCCGCCAUGCAGGCCAGGCUUCUCUGAAGAUCUGUACACUGUCGUGGUGCCAGAUAACACAGAGGAAGGACAGCCUCUUUUCAACGUGGGGUUUGUCAGCUGUGGUCGAGGUGGUCUGGUGCGGUUUGAAUGCAGUAAUCCAUUUGACUUUCGGAUAGAGGCCGACGGAGUAGUUUAUGCUGCCAGGACUCUUCAGCGCACCACUAUUCCCGAGUCACCUUUGCUAAUCAAGGCUAGCGACGCCGCCACUCAGCAGCAAUGGGUGGCCCAAGUCAGACUGACAUCUCCCACACAGGUCCAGGAAGCUGCUGCCCCUCCAGUCAUGUCCAAGGAUUCAAAGGAAAUAGUGUUUCCAUCACGAAACAUGGACAGCCAACUGAAACGCAUGAAGAGAGACUGGGUCAUCCCCCCAAUCAAUGUCCCAGAGAACUCACGAGGCCCAUUCCCACAAGAGCUUGUUCGGAUCCGAUCAGAUCAUGACAAAAACCGGUCUCUAAGAUACAGCGUGACAGGCCCUGGUGCUGACCAGCCUCCCACCGGAAUCUUCAUGAUCGACCCAAUUUCUGGAGAGCUAUCUGUCAACAAACCUCUCGACCGAGAGCACAUUUCCAGCUUCCACCUGAGAGCUCAUGCAGUAGACCUGAACGGCAACCAGGUUGAAAACCCUAUUGAUAUUGUGAUCAAUGUGAUCGACAUGAAUGACAACAGACCAGAGUUCACACACCAGAUCUGGAACGGCACUGUUCCAGAAGGGUCCAAGCCAGGAACAUUUGUUAUGACAGUAACAUCUCUUGACAAAGAUGACCCCAAAACUGCAAACGGCAUGCUGCGUUACAAGAUCCUGUCCCAGAAUCCUGAAAGUCCAACCUCCAAUAUGUUCACAAUUAACAAUAAAACCGGCGGCAUCAUCACAGUGGCGGCAGGCCUGGACAGAGAGAAAGUGCCUCAGUACACGUUGAUCAUCCAAGCCACAGACAUGGAGGGAAAUCCCAUGUAUGGCCUCUCCAACACAGCCACUGCUGUCAUCAGAGUCACCGAUAUUAAUGACAAUCCACCCGAGUUCACUGCUGAGAUGUUUUUUGGCGAGGUGCCUGAGAACCGCGUGAACAUUAUUGUGGCUAACCUGACGGUGACUGACAAGGACCAGCCCAACACGCCAGCAUGGAACGCUGUCUACAAAAUCACCGGGGGCGACCCCACUGGCAGGUUUUCAGUGCCCACUGAUCCAACCACUAAUGAGGGCCUGGUAACGGUCGUCAAGCCCAUUGACUAUGAAAUCAGUAGAACGUAUGUGCUGACAGUGGAAGCGAAGAAUGAGGUUCCCCUGGCCAGAGGCAUCCACUCUCCAAGACAGUCCACUGCCACCGUCUCCAUCAGAGUGAUAGAUGUCAAUGAGAGUCCCUACUUUGAGCCCAACCCCAAACUCAUUAAAUUGGAGGAGGGGAUGAUGCCCGAGUCGACUCUGACCACCUUCACUGCACAGGAUCCUGAUCGCCACAUGCAGCAAACCAUCAGAUACUCCAAACUCUCAGAUCCAGCCAACUGGCUAAGGAUUGACCCUAACACUGGUCGGAUCUCAACGAUUGCCAUUUUGGACCGAGAGUCUCCCUAUGUGAGGAACAGCUUGUACAAUGCUACAUUCCUGGCCUCUGACAGCGGUGUGCCACCAGCAAGUGGCACAGGUACUCUUCAGAUCUACCUGCUGGAUAUCAAUGACAAUGCUCCCAAGGUGUCCCCACAGGAGGCAGAAAUAUGUGAAAAGCCAGAGCCAAAUGCCAUCAAUAUCACUGCACUUGACGGAGAUCUGAACCCAAAUGCCGGGCCUUUUGCUUUUGAAUUAGCCCACAGGCCCUCUGACGUUAGGAGGAACUGGACCAUAACGAGAGUCAGCGGUGACUACGCUCAGGUGAGCAUGAGGAUUGGCUUCCUUGAAAGUGGAAUCUAUGAGAUCCCCAUCAUAAUCACCGACUCAGGCAACCUGCCCAUGUCCAACACCUCCUACCUGAGGAUUAAAGUGUGCCAGUGCGACAUUAAUGGAGACUGCACUGACCAGCAGCACAUCAUGGCUGCUGGUUUGGGCACAGGCGCCAUCAUAUCCAUUCUCCUCUGUAUCAUCAUCCUCCUCAUUCUUGUGCUGAUGUUUGUGGUGUGGAUGAAGCGCCGUGAUAAAGAGCGUCAGGCCAAACAGCUUCUUAUCGAUCCCGAAGACGAUGUAAGAGACAACAUCCUCAAGUAUGAUGAGGAAGGUGGAGGAGAGGAGGAUCAGGAUUAUGACCUGAGUCAGCUCCAGCAGCCAGACACGAUAGAGCCUGAUGCCAUCAAGCCGGUGGGAAUCCGUCGUCUAGACGAGCGACCCCUCCACCCUGAGCCACAGUAUCCCAUGAGGUCAGCAGCACCCCAUCCUGGAGACAUCGGAGAUUUCAUCAACGAGGGACUGAAGGCAGCAGACAAUGACCCCACUGCUCCUCCCUACGACUCCCUGCUAGUGUUCGAUUACGAGGGCAGCGGCUCUACAGCCGGCUCCCUGAGCUCGCUCAACUCAUCCAGCAGUGGGGGCGACCAGGACUACGAUUAUCUCAACGACUGGGGCCCGCGCUUUAGAAAACUGGCGGACAUGUACGGUGGAAGUGACGACUAGGACAAACAGCCAGACCUUGAAGGGUAAAAAAAAAAAGAUAAAUU